ACACCAAGAAGAACAUCCCACGAUAAGCUCUCUAUAGUUAUCGUCUUUGACAUUUCCUAUUCUCGCUGUUGGUCAUUCCCACAGAUUCCUCGUCUUUCCGAAGAGGUUUACAUCGUUGUUGCCGUAUGAGGAACGAAAGAGGAGGAACCGUAAUGUCGGAAGAGCCGGCCAGCAACACCAACCAUAGUCGCCGGCCGACUUUCGGAGCGUUCUUGCGUUCCGAACCCACCCUCUUCCCUCAAGACCAAGACGACUGCUACGCUGCCGCUGCUGAUGAUGACAAGCACCGUGUCAGCAACGCCUCCGCCUACGUCGCCUCGCCGUCCGCGGGCUACUCCACGUCCUCCCCGAGCCCCUACCUCAUGUCGCCGCUGAACCAGCUGUCUCCCUACACGAAAUCCCCGUGGAUAGUGCCGUCGCCGCUCCUCGGGGGUUUCCCCGGGAACAGCGACCUCGUUGGUUCCCUCAUCCGCAAGGAGGGCCACGUGUACUCCCUUGCGGCCACCGGCGACUUGCUGUACACCGGCUCCGACAGCAAGAACAUCCGUGUGUGGAAGAACUUCAGGGAAUUCUCGGGGUUCAAGUCCAACAGCGGACUGGUCAAGGCUAUCGUCAUCUCCGGUGACAGAGUUUUCACCGGCCACCAGGACGGCAAGAUCCGAGUUUGGAAGAAGCCCUCGAAAAAUAAUCGCCAUCUCAAUAAUUUGUCUGUGGCCGCGCACAAGCGCAUCGGCAGCUUGCCCACGUUGAAGGACUACAUCAAGAGCUCCAUAAACCCUAAGAACUACGUUCAGGUACGCCGGCGCAGCAAGGUCUUGCGCAUCAAGCACUUCGACGCGGUGUCGUGCCUGAGCCUGGACCAGGAGGCAGGCAUCUUGUAUUCGGGCUCUUGGGACAAGACCAUGAAGGUGUGGAGGCUAUCCGAUUCCAAGCACUUGGAAUCUGUUGAUGCUCAUGACGAUGCGAUAAAUGCAAUCGCCUCCGGGUUCGAGGGCUUGGUCUUCACCGGCUCGGCCGAUGGAACAGUGAAGGUGUGGAGAAGGGAGUUGCAUGGGAAUGGGACGAGGCAUUUCUUGAUUCGGCUCCUGUUGGACCAGGAGAGUGCCGUGACGUCGCUGGCCUUGGCCGAGGCCUCCGGCGUGGUCUACUCCGGGUCGUCAGACGGCGCGGUCAACUUCUGGACGCGCGAGAAGCACCUGUCCCAUGGCGGCGUGCUCCGUGGCCACAAGCUGGCGGUCCUGUGCCUGGCGGCGGCCGGGAACUUGGUGCUCAGCGGCUCCGCCGACAAGAGCAUCUCCGUGUGGCGGAGGGACCCCGUCACAGGGGCCCACUCGUGGCUGAACGUCCUGACAGGUCACGGCGGGCCCAUCAAAUGCCUGGCCGUGGAGCAGGAGCGGACUCCCGCGGCCGACGACAACGACGACCAGAAUGAUGGGCGGUUGAUAGUGUACAGCGGGAGCUUGGACAAGUCGGUGAGGAUAUGGAGCGUGUCGGAGCACACGCCGGAGAUGAGGCCAUACUCGAGUCCCCGGCGCUCGCAGGAGUGAUCGGGAAAAGCAGUUACGGUGGUUGCUUCAGGUCCACCGCCGGAUUCGACGGUUGGGGUGGUCGAAUCGAUGGUUACGUAUAUUCUCACGCUAUUGAAUAAAUUUCGGAACCUCCCGGGUCAAACCAUACCGAAAGAGGUGCCAGAAGAAGAAUCCGUGUCACGAUCCGGCGGUCCCCACGCAUUGAGAAAUCGUGGAGGACAGGGGAAUCGGACCGUUGAGGGGUCGGUCGGGCGGGGGGCCCACAUAGGGUUCCUUCGUGGCGAAGGCCAUCAUCAUGUGGAUAUGUAUAUAUGGCCGGUGUGAAAAGCACGUCGGGUCGGACGUUGAACGGGACGGUCAUCGUGCGAAGCGACGAACGAGAAAGGAGGUGAUCUCACGACCCACGUUCAACGACGAAACUUUCGAGAAAUCCAACCCAGAUGUGGACCGCGCCAUUUUUUUGGAGCACUUGUUUUUUUUUUUCCCCCUUAAUCCAGACAAACAAAUUGAAAGGUUUGCAGAAGAAGAAGACGACAGUUCAGGAAUGUACAUAUAUACUGAUAGUGCAUUACCACGAAUUGGAAGAAGAAAUUAUUCGUCUCUUAUUUAA